GGCGGGGGGGCGGGGCGUGACUGACAGCAACAUGGCCGCCAACCGGGGCACUCGGUGACGGGAGUGGAAGCGGUUCGACUCUGAGAGUUACCAUGGUGACGAAAGCAUCUGUGGAUGAGGACGAUGUUGGCUGGGGGCUUGGCAUCUCAGAAAAGAUGGAAAAGAACAAUGUGAUCUGGGUGGACAUCACCCAGGAAUUCAAAGAUUGUUGCAAAGAUCUUAAACUGGGAGAGCUUCUUCAUGACAAACUCUUUGGCUUGUUUGAAGCAAUGUCUGCAAUUGAGAUGAUGGACCCAAAGAUGGAUGCAGGAAUGAUUGGAAACCAGGUUAACCGGAAGGUGCUGAACUUUGAGCAGGCAGUCAAGGAUGAAACAAUUAAAAUCAAGGGCCUUACAUUGCCAGAGCUGAUAGGGAUAAUGGACACCUGCUUCUGUUGUUUGAUAACGUGGCUGGAAGGUCAUUCUCUGGCCCAGACUGUCUUCACGUGUCUUUAUGUCCAUAAUCCCGACUUGAUUGAGGAUCCUGCUAUGAAAGCCUUUGCUCUGGGCAUCCUAAAGAUAUGUGAUAUUGCCAGAGAAAAAGUGAAUAAAGCAGCUGUGUUUGAAGAGGUACGUGCAGGAGCAGAGAUGUCAAGGGAGGAUUUCCAGUCAAUGACUUACGGUUUCAAAAUGGCCAAUAAUGUCACAGAUUUGAGAGUUACAGGUAUGUUAAAAGAUGUAGAAGAUGAUCUUCAAAGAAGAGUAAAGAGCACUAGGAGUCGACAAGGGGAAGAGCGCAACCCAGAGGUUGAACUUGAACAUCAACAAUGUACAGCAGUUUUCAGCAGAAUAAAGUUUACUCGUUUACUCCUGACUGCCCUGAUUGCUUUCACAAAGAAAGAGACCAGUGCAGUAAGUGAAGCUCAGAAGUUGAUGACUCAAGCUGCAGAUCUCCUGCCUGCUUUACAAAACUCUACCCAUCAUGGUAUCCAGGCUCAAAAUGAUACUACAAAAGGAGAUCAUCCGAUAAUGAUGGGAUUUGAGCCUCUUGUCAAUCAGCGAUUGCUACCUCCAACAUUUCCCCGUUAUGCAAAAAUUAUAAAACGAGAAGAUAUGGUCAACUAUUUUGCUAAACUUAUAGAGCGAAUAAAAAUGGUUUGUGAGAUUGUCAACUUGACAAAUUUGCACAGUAUUUUGGACUUUUUCUGUGAAUUUAGUGAACAGUCACCUUGUGUACUCUCUAGAUCUCUGUUACAGGCAACUUUCUUGGUAGACAACAAGAAGGUAUUUGGUACACACCUAAUGCAGGACAUGAUAAAAGAUGCACUGAGAUACUUUGUCAGUCCUCCAGUGCUUUCAUCAAAAUGCUGCCUUUAUAAUAAUCACCAGGCUAAGGAUUACAUUGACUCAUUUGUUACUCAUUGCGUACGGCCAUUUGGCAGCUUGAUACAGAUCCAUGGACACAACAGGGCUCGGCAGAGAGAUAAACUGGGCCACAUUCUGGAGGAGUUUGCCACUUUACAGGAUGAGGCUGAGAAGGUGGAUGCAGCACUCCAUAGCAUGCUAUUGAAGCAGGAGCCACAGAGACAACAUCUAGCCUGCUUAGGCACUUGGAUUCUCUAUCAUAACCUUCGGAUCAUGGUUCAGUACCUAUUGAGCGGCUUUGAAUUGGAACUGUACAGCAUGCAUGAGUACUACUACGUCUACUGGUACCUGUCAGAGUUCCUGUAUGCUUGGCUGAUGUCUACGUUGAACCGUGCUGACACUUCUCAGAUGGCAGAAGAGCGGAUCGUGGAGGAACAACAGAAAGGGCGCAGCAGUAAAAAGACCAAGAAGAAGAAGAAAGUUCGGCCUCUGAACAAAGAAACCACCAUGAGUCAGGCUUACCAGAAUAUGUGUGCUGGAAUGUAUAAGACUAUGAUUGCCUUCGAUAUGGAUGGAAAAGUAAGAAAGCCAAAAUUUGAACUGGACAGUGAGCAGGUUCGAUAUGAGCAUAGGUUUGCUCCAUUCAACAGUGUUCUGACUCCACCACCAGUGCACUAUGUGCAGUUCAAGGAAAUGUCAGACCUCAACAAGUACACUCCCCCUCCUCAGUCUCCAGACCUUUACAUGGCUGCCAGUAAGAACUUCCAGCAAGCUAAGUUAAUACUGGAAAACAUCCCUAAUCCAGAUAAUGAGGUAAAUCGAAUUCUGAAAGUUGCAAAACCUAAUAUUGUGGUAAUGAAGUUGCUUGCAGGAGGCCACAAGAAAGAAUCUAAGGUUCCUCCAGAAUUUGAUUUUUCUGUUCACAAAUAUUUUCCAAUCGUGAAGUUAGUCUGACUCAAAUGAAGAGAACAGUUGAAAUUGAGGACUUGAAAUGUUUCACUCCGGAGAAGUAGAAGAUGACUGAGGCACAUAAGCAGCAUUGCCUUGUAUGUGCUGUUGUGCAGUGUUAACAGUGUGACCUUUUACUAAAAUGUUUGGAAUUCAUACUGGAGCAGAGGCUGGAACCUUCCAUUCUCAGCAGUCGUUCAACACAGUGAAGAACAUGAAAUUCAUUCACCAUUGCCCUGCCCCCCCUCCCAGAAGAAAUAAAUCUUAUAAAACA